CUCCUGUGGGAAGGAAACCACCUUGGCAGGCCUGGACAUAUACGAGAGACUGAGUCCCCCUCAGCCUCUGCAGCUGUUAUCCUAGCAUCUGACGUACUCGGUUGGAGAGUUCCUCUGCUUCGGAAGGUGGCGGACGAAGUAGCAAAAAAGGGCUAUUAUGUGGUGGUACCUGAUUACUUCAGGGGCGAUCCUCUUGUUAAUCUUUCAGACGUUACAACAUGGUUACCCAAGCAUCCCGUGGCCGCUGAAGUGGAAUCAUCAAACAAGAUUGUGUUAUCAGUGAAGGCGAAAGGCAUUAGCUCAGUAGGUUUUGCAGGGUUCUGCUGGGGUGGCAAAUUGGCAGCUCUGGUGGGAGAGCAGAUCGGGGUUACGAAAGCAAUUGUUCAGACCCAUCCCGCGUUUGUGACAGCAUCCGAUUACGAACAGGUGGUGGUCCCCAUUAUGGUUCUGGCAGCGCCAUCGGACGGCGUUCAGAAUUUCACGAGCAUUUUGAAGGCGCGAAAGAAACAGGUGCCGAGCUAUGUGAAGAUCUUCUCUGGGGUGGAGCACGGGUUUGCUCUCCGGUACAAUUUAAACAACGCUACUGCUGUAGCAAAGGCUAACAAGGCUCACAGACUCAUGAUCAAGUGGUUAAAUAAGUAUGUAAAGUAGAAGUGUGCCGCUCGGAUACCGACUGUUAAUGCAUUAAGUCCACUAGCUUGAGUGUAUCAUGGUAGAGUUUGUAUGCGUGAGAAAACUGCUAUGAGAUAUUCAAGAUGUAGAAGUUGUGACCAUUAAAAAAUUAGAAAAGGUCAGUGCAAAGCUAUUCAGAAGAGUUGAAUCAUGUUGAGAUCAUUAAAUGUAGCAGGCGUUCUCCAUAAUAUUUAUUGUAGACUAUACUAAAUACUAUAGCUACAGUAUUUAGAGUCUAGUGGAGAAGUACUGUUUAUCUUCUCCUCUUUUCUCUUCUUGUAUACGAGACACAACCAGAUCA